UCUCCAGGCAGUGGUAGCGAAGGGAAACUACAGUGAGCACUGAGCAAAGGCAAAGAGAGAAAUGGAUGGAGUGACCCAAGUAGUCCUUCCAGUCUUGGGAAUCGUUGCAGCAGCAGCUGUUACCUUUUAUGCCGUUAGCUUUGCUGAGAUAAGAGAGAAAUCGUUUAGAGAGUUAGAAGAAGAUGGAGGAUUUGAUUCUUCUCUAAGCUCUAGGAAAAGGCGUGCAAGAAGAAAAGCAGAGAAAGACGCCAAAAGUUGACUCUUAUCUCUCUCUAUUUGCAAUAACUUAUGGAAUAAAAUGGCCUUUUCGCAUCAAAACAGAUCAUUCAGCACACACACUAGAUGAAAUGCUUGUAUCUCUUGGCUCUAGUGUAACCCCUGACAAAUUUGGUCUUGUUAUCUCUAAAAUCUAGUGAGGCUCAUCUGUGGCCAUCCACAGCCAUGAAGGACCAAAUUGCUGAUUUUGUUAAUGAUUAGUUCCCACAAAACGUGAUCUUCUCUAUAUAAACUCAGCCAUGAAAGGACAGGAGAAAGGAGGAUUACUCCGACUGACUCCUAACCCCAUGUUAAGUAUACAGUGGCUUUAUUCAUCACCUUGCUUAACAAUCUCACGUAUCUGUAUUUGCUACACCCUUGGUUCCGACUAAAAUUUAUGGACUUUUAUUGCCCUGUAGUUUUAGUCAAACAUAGGUCAAGUGCCCACGUGGCAACAUCUGUUUGGACCCAACAUGAAGCAAUCUAACCCUCCU